AAAAUAUAUUAGAUGGAUUGGGUACCUAAAUCCAUGAUUUGAAAGAUUAAAGCCCAACAGGUUGAGGGUGGGCGGAGCCAUUGAUCAUUUGAUUGAGUUUGGGUUAGGUUCUGGGCUCAAUUAUUGGUCUAAUGAAAGCAGGUCUACCAUCUAUUUUUAUAAUUGGCCUUAACUUUUAUGAGUAUUGACUUUUGGAUCUGCUAAGGAAUCUGAUCGAAGAUUCUAAGAUCGUCGGCCCAUGCCGAACGAAAAUCAGAAGGGAAACGUGACAUUCACGUGUCCUUUUUAACCAUCCUCGCUUUACCCUACCUCCCCGUCUCCACCUUAUAAGUUACAGGGUUCAAUUUGACUCGGUCGUUCGCUCGUUGCCACUGCCAAAUCAAUUAACUAAAAAAAAAAAAAAAUCACAACAAACCUCAGGAAAAAAAAAAUAUCAAUUCCUUUUCGACUUUUUAUCCUCGACCUCAAUCUUCCAAAACCCUAAAAUUUUUCCCAAGCGAAUUCUCGUUUCUUUUUUCUCCCCAUUCGUUAUUCAUGGUUAUCCCCAAAUUCUCCUGCCAUUGACUCCUUAUCGUUUCCAUCCUCUAAUUUUCAAACAUCCAUGGACCGUCAAGAGCAUGAUCUGUCGCCAAUUCUGGUCCCGAAAACCUCAAAUUCGUACAAUCUUAUGAACAAUUCCUCACUAUGGCUGGAAAUCCGUCUCAUUUACGUUCGAAUCGCACCGUGCGUGAUCGACAGCGUCCCCGACCAUCUCACCCUCUGCCACCUCCGUCGUGAAAUCGGUGUAUCCCUCGAAAUCAACGGCUCUCGUGUCCCUGCCUCUGAUUCCGCUUCCCUUACCCUCCGCCGCGACCGUCUCAACAAAGAAUCGUCCGAGGUCACUUAUUUAAACACCGACAGCGUUCGCAUCACGGGAGGUUUUGAAUUCGAGGUAUAUGAGGAUGAAAAGAAGGUAUUGUUGUGUGGGUCGUUGGAGAGGAUGGAAGGAGAGUGGAGCAUGGAUUGUUUUAUAGCGGCAGCGGCUAUGGAGCCUGGGAAUUCGGCUUUUUUUCAGCCAAGAAUGGGGGUUUCGGCGCCAGGGAUUGAAGUUUACAUAGCGGGGUGUUGUGCGGGUGUGCCUGUGAUAUUGACCAAGACGAUACUUGUGAGUCCUAGGAGGAAAGGAGGAUCGAGGCUUAGUGGGACGUUGGAUGCAAUUCCGGAGGAUGAGGAGAUUGGCAAAGGGAAUAAUAAGGAUGGCAAUGGAUUGAUUAGACACCGGAAAUUUCAGAUUACGGAAGCAGGAGCUGAAGAUUAUGACUCUGAUGGGAAACUUGGACACAGUUACUACUCUGAAGAAAUGUAUGCCAGUGAGGAUGGCCAACUUUCGUGGUUUAAUGCUGGUGUUAGAGUUGGUGUUGGAAUUGGCCUUGGGAUGUGUCUCGGGAUUGGAAUUGGAGUUGGACUGCUAAUGCGAUCAUAUCAAGCAACUACCAGGAAUUUUAGGAGGAAGUUUUUCUAAGAUUGAUCACUUCACCUGACUAAGUGAUGUUCUUGUUUAAUUAUAAAGGAAAAACAAAUCUUUCAGGGUUUUGUUAGUAGUCUGGAAGAUAUCAGGGUUGCAGGCCAGAAACGAAAGAAAAGUUCAAGAUAGCAACUCAUGAUUAUAAAGUCUGGUGGGUUCUGGUAGGUGGGUGGAAGUUGUUUGUUUAGCAUGUUGAAGAUAUGAAAUCCCUUAGAGAAUCUGCUAUAGUAUGUACGUCUUCUAUCUCCUGCAUAUUACUGAUUACCAGACCAUGAAUAUACUGGUUCAGAAAAAAAAAAAAAAGGUCGAACCUGCUCAGUGUUCGGAUGAGAAUGUACUGCCACUUUAAUUCAUGUGAUGAGCCUGCAGGUCAUAUAGCCUUGUUCAGCAAGUUGGGGUGGUGUGAGUCUUCAUCCACAAAAACUGUAUCUAGUUUUCUAUAUAUUGUAGAAAUUUUGCGUUGUGGUGGUCUGUGGGAAGAUAAAAUGCUUGUUGUUUUUGUAGGCAAUGUAAAAGUUUUAUGUUCUUGUAUCAACUUAGAGUGAUUCUUCUAUUCAAUUUAUUAGUUUGCAA